GGGACUGAAAGGGUUAAUGGUGAAAAUUAGUGAAUAUUAUUUGAUCAUGGAUGUCCCGGAUACCUAUUAUAAUAAAGAUGAAUACGUUGAAACCGCUUCCGGAAAUAAAGUCAGUAGACAGACGAUCCUCUGUGGAUCACAAAACAUUGUUCUCCAUGGAAAAGUGAUAGUGCAAAGUGGAGCCAUCAUACGAGGGGAUCUCGCUGCUGUGCGGACUGGACGAUACUGUGUGAUUUCGAAAGGGUCUGUAGUACGGCCACCAUAUAAACAGUUCAGCAAAGGGGUAGCUUUCUUUCCACUUCAAAUCGGAGAUCACGUUUUCAUCGGAGAGGGGGCCAUAGUAUCAGCGGCCUCCAUUGGAUCCUACGUUUACAUCGGGAAAAACGCCGUCAUCGGAAGAAGAUGUGUCCUGAAGGAUAACUGCAUUGUCGAGGAUGGUGCAAUCCUGCCGCCGGAAACAACAGUGGCAAGCUACAUGCGAUACACAGCUGAUGGCAAAAUUGAAGGUGGUCAGGGCAAUCCGGAUUUUGUUCCCCACGCCAUGCAGGACCUUAUGGUGGAAUAUACCAAAUCGUACUACGAGCACUUCAUUCCAGCAACUGGUGCUUGAUAUAUCUGAUAACUUUAUUAAUAAAAAUAUUUAUUUCGUUUCUCUAAUUCUAAUAUACUAAUAAAUGACUUAUACUGAAA